AUGCAGGUGAGCUACUCUCUAGACGGGAACCCUGUCAUGUACCCGCUGGGCUGUGCGAGUCAGACCGGGAACAGCCAGCACAUUCCUGCACCGUGUCCUUGGGGAGAUUUCCCUGGUUAUCAGCACGUCACUGGAGACCUGCUCCUCACCUCAGCCUCCUGGGGCUCCGCGGCUCCCCCUCAGGAGGACUGGUCAUCGCAGGGCCCCUGGGCUGGGUCCAGCGCUUCACCUGACCUGACCCAGGUCCCACGCUCCACACCGGAGGGUCCCUCGUCUCGGGACUCACCGGCCAGCCAGGACUCUUUCGGGAGACCGUCGCAUGACUGGAGCAGAGAUAACCUGCACAGCACCAAUCCAGGAGGGAAGACCAGGACCAAGGAUAAGUAUCGCAUGGUGUACACCGACCACCAGAGGCUGGAGCUGGAGAAGGAGUUCCACUACAGCAGAUACAUCACCAUUAGGAGGAAGGCUGAGUGA